GCGCGGCAAUUGGCGCAAGCAAAGCGCGUGGAACUGAAUUCCUUGCGUCUCCUCCGCUCUUUGGCAUCUCGUCCUCGAUCUCUUCUUGCUAUAUAUAGGUUCUCCUUCGCAAGAUCAUCGCAGCUAGGGUGUGUGUGAUCGAGCUGAGCUUGCACGGGAGGAGAGCAGCAGGAGCAGCUAGCAAUGGCCGUGGGCAUGAGCGGUUUGCUGGUGCUGACGAUCGGGCUCGCGAUGGCGGCGCCCUCGUCGGCGGCCAUCUACAAGGUCGGCGAUGCCUCCGGGUGGACCAUCCUCGGCAACAUCAACUACACCGACUGGACUACGAAGAAGACCUUCCAUGUUGGGGACAUCAUAGAGUUCACGUACCCCCAGGGCAUCCACAACGUGCUGGAGGUGACCAAGGCCGACUACGACAGCUGCACCAACUCCACGCCCAUCGCCACGCACACCUCCGGCGACGACAAGAUCGCCAUCAAGAGGCCCGGCCACCGGUUCUUCAUCUGCGGCGUGCCCGGCCACUGCGCCGCCGGCCAGAAGGUCAACAUCCGCGUCCCCAAGCCGCGGUCCUCUGACGCCCCUUCCAAGGCGCCCGCGCCCGCGCCCACGCGCUCGGCGGCGGCGACCCCCAGCGGCAGCAGCGAGCCGAGCGCCGCCUCGCCGCCGGCCGCCUCGUCGACGGACAGCACCCCCGACGCGCCGACCACCACCGCGCCCGCGCCCAACGCCAACGGCGCCGGGGUCCGUGGAGGUUACCGGGCUGUCGUAGCGACGGCGUUGGCGGCGGUCGCCUCCAUGGCAAUGCUACAGUAGAUCACGGACUACUCCCUAGUGGCCUUGUGCAUUCGAGAGUCUACAUGUGAUUUCCAUUUUUCUUUUUUGAAAGUAACCGUCUCGUCUACCUGUGAUCGUUUCGCCACGAUGUGUGCUUGAGUGUGAAACCUUUUGUUUUGGGGUUAUUGUUCACUUGCAGAUGCGGUUGAUUAUCAAGGAUCGAUGGAUCAUGCAUGUACUUCUUCUCUGUCGAUAUUAAUUUGUCUGUUCUUUUCUC